UGUGAAUCAUUUAAUUCGCUCAUUGCUAAAAAAAUUCAUCCAUACAAACGAAAGAGAUCAUUGGAUCAUAAUUUUUUCUUCGAAAAAAGGGGAACAAUUUGAAAGGUUGUAAAUAAAGUCAACACUGUUUUCGUUCUUGUCUGUUUUUUUCUCAGUUUUGAUUCCUCAACUUGUUUAGUUUUCUUGGUCAAUCCGAUCACUCGCACUAUGGAAAUUUUUAUACUUUAAACUUUGAUUAAUUUGUAAAUAAUUGCUGCGAAUGUAAUAAGUAAACUCUAAUUCCAUAUUAUUCGAUGUAAUACUCGCGAAUUGUACGUUCCGUCGUAUUGGAAAAUUGCUUCAUCUAAUACUCAAAUUUUUUAUCAGUACGAGUCAAGUUCGGUAAUCGGAAGUUUUUUUUCCUAUAAUGCUCACUUUUUAAUUAUUUUGUACUCGAAGUACUCGGUCGCGAAAUAAUCACCAAAAAAUGGCAGUGUUAAGCAAAAACAUAAUUAACAAAUCACUAGCCGGAGCCGCUUCUUUCACCACGUUGAUCUUGGCGUUGAAAUUGUUGAAUAAAUUCAAAAACGAUGCUAAGAAAAGAAAAAAAUUGGCCAAGAAUGAAAUCCAAUACAUGAUAGGAGAGAAACCUUCAAACAAGAGUCAGAAAGCUCACGUGAAUAAGGAAUUCGUUCGACAAUUAUGCGUGAUUUUAAAAAUUUCCAUUCCCGGCGUAUUCAGCCCGGAAUUCGGAUAUUUACUCUUGAUCGCCGGAUCUUUGGUGGCCCGAUCGUUGUGUGAUAUAUGGAUGAUUCAAAAUGGCACUAUGGUUGAAACGGCCAUUGUCAAUAUGGACAAGCAAUUGUUCAUUAAAAGACUGUUAUAUUUCUUUUCUGGAAUGCCUUGUAUUGCAGUUGUGAAUAACAUUCUGAAAUGGAGUUUGGGUGAAUUGAAAUUAAGAUUGCGAACGAGAUUAACGCAGCAUUUAUACGAUCAAUACUUGAAGGGUUUUACGUUUUACAAAAUGUCAAAUCUCGAUAAUCGUAUAGCAAACGCUGAUCAACUGUUGACCACCGAUGUAGAUAAAUUUUGCGACAUGUUCACAGACUUAUACUCGAACAUUAGUAAACCAGUUUUGGAUAUAUUCAUUUACGUGUACAGAUUGACAGCUACGUUAGGUUUUCAGACUCCUUCUCUUUUACUAGGAUACCUAGUAGUGUCUGGUAUGUUUUUAACAUAUUUACGAAGACCGGUGGGUAGAAUGACAGUGACUGAACAAAAAUUAGAAGGCGAAUUCCGCUACAUUAAUUCCAGACUUAUAACCAAUGCCGAAGAAGUCGCCUUUUACAAUGGCAAUUAUAGAGAGAAAUUAACGCUCCUCGCUUCGUUUGAAAAACUGACGGACCAUUUACGUAAAUUCUUAGAAUUUCGUGUGCUAAUGGGAAUAGCAGACAACAUUGUUGCCAAAUAUAUUGCUACCGUAGUGGGAUUUUUCGCCGUAAGCAUACCAUUCAUGGAUUCACGUCACAGCUUUACCGGGCUCGGUAAAGAUGAACGAUUCAGAUUUUAUUAUACGAUGGGCCGUAUGCUUGUUAAACUUGCCGAAGCUAUUGGAAGACUGGUAUUGGCUGGUAGAGAGAUGACCAGAUUGGCCGGAUUUACUGCCAGAGUCACAGAAAUCAUGGUCGUACUGGAUGAUCUGAAUAAAGGCCAUUACGUUAGGAACAUGGUACAGAAUAAUCCCGAAAAUGGUAUCGCGAAUGGUGAAAUAUGUUUGCCUACCAAAACACUGAUACCUGGCUCGGGCAUUAUUAAAUUCCAAGAUAAUAUCAUCCGUUUCGAUAAUGUCCCAUUGGUCACUCCUAAUGGAGACGUUCUCAUCGAAAGUCUUACAUUUGAAGUGAAAUCCGGUACCAAUGUGUUGGUCUGUGGGCCAAACGGUUGCGGAAAAUCGUCACUGUUCAGGAUUCUGGGCGAAUUAUGGCCGUUAUUCGGAGGAAUGCUGCGUAAACCACCUCGUGGAAAAUUAUUUUAUAUCCCUCAACGUCCGUACAUGACAUUAGGAACAUUGAGAGAUCAAGUUAUUUAUCCGCACACGAAAGAAGAAAUGUUGAAGAGAGGUAAAACAGACAAUGACCUUAAGAACUUCUUGGAUAUAGUUCAAUUAUCUUACAUCCUGAAUCGAGAUGACGGUUGGGAUACGGUCGCUGAUUGGAUAGAUGUGCUUUCUGGAGGCGAAAAACAACGAAUCGCUAUGGCUAGAUUAUUCUACCAUAAACCUCAAUUUGCCAUAUUGGACGAAUGCACCAGCGCUGUCAGUGUAGAUGUCGAAGAUACCAUGUAUCAAUACUGUAAAAAUAGUAACAUCACCUUGUUUACGGUCAGUCAUAGGAAAUCUCUGUGGAAACAUCACGAGUAUUACCUACAAAUGGACGGCCGAGGAAGUUACGAGUUCAAAAAAAUUGAACCCGAUACUCAAGAGUUUGGAUCGUAGGCGUUUUUACUAUCCAUACAGGGUUCGGAAUGUGAUAAAUUCUGUGGUUAGCAAAGACGCGUUAGUUACCAUUAUUUAUGCCCAUCUUGACAAAACAACAAUCUUUUACGGAGGGUUGAUUUUGUGGACGUUAUUUUUAUACGAGUAUUUUACGUACCUAUGCCCAAGUUUAUAUCGUUAAAUAUCUCAUUGUAUACUCGGUUUAUUUUCUAUUUUUUUUUUUUUUUUUUUCGUUAUAAUAUUCUUUUGUGUAGUUUGAAUGUUUGAUUCUUGCUUAGGUGUGUAGAUCGCCCUAUUUAAUGGUUUACUUACGAAGUUUUUCCAUUUCAUGAACAGAAGUUCUUAGUUUUCUAAGUACAUAUAUACUCCUUCGUUAGUGUUAUUGUAUCGUCACUAGAUACGAUUCAAAUGUUUUCAUUGGUUCUGCAAGUGUGAUGUUAUUCUGAUAUUUUUCUUGUUUGGAGUAUGGUUAUGUAUUUUUGUUUUUAACGUUUAUAAUACCUAUGUAUUUUUUUUUUGUUUUUUUUCUUUUCUUUUUUUUUUCAUGUACUUAUGAACAUACCUAAUUAGGUUAAUAAAGCUGUAUUUGAAAUGUU